AUGGAAGGCGGAAUAAUGGAAACUCCAGAUACUACUCUUAGUGCAUCUAGUUAUGAAGAUGAUUCUUCAAAAGUUUGCUGUCAUCCUAAAGGACGACUAUGGAGAUUUUUAGGUUUAGCCCUAAUGUGUCUUCUGGGUUUUGGUUCAUAUUUUUGUUAUGACAAUCCUUCAGCAUUACAAGAUAAUUUUAAAAAUGAUUUGGAUUUGUCAACGAGUAAAUUCGUUUUACUAUAUUCAAUUUAUUCAUGGCCAAAUGUUGUUCUUUGUUUCAUCGGAGGAUUUCUUCUUGAUCGGAUAUUCGGUAUUAGAUUGGGAACGAUUAUAUAUAUGGCAUUAGCAUUAGCAGGACAAAUUGUCUUUGCAACUGGUGCUAUAGUUAAUAAAUUUUGGCUUAUGAUGCUUGGUAGACUUAUCUUUGGAAUUGGUGCUGAAUCUCUGGCAGUUGCUCAGAACAGUUAUGCAGUUCUUUGGUUUAAAGGAAAAGAAUUGAAUAUGGUCUUUGGACUACAGCUGAGUUUUGCUCGAGUCGGAUCAACGGUUAACUUUUUGGUGAUGGAACCUAUAUACAACUAUGUUGCUAAAGAUUAUUCUGGACCAGAAUGUAUCGGUAUCGUUUUAUUCCUUGCCUCACUGACAUGUGUAUUUUCCAUGAUAUGUGCUAGUUUACUUGGACUCAUGGAUAAACGUACAGAAACAAUAUUACGAAGAGGUCAUAAUGAAGAACCAAAAGUUGUAAGAUUGACGGAUAUUAAAGACUUCGAAGGAAUAUUUUGGUUGAUUGUUGUUAUUUGCAUAGCGUAUUAUAUGGCAAUAUUUCCGUUCAUUGCACUUGCAAAAGUAUUCUUUGAAAGAAAGUAUCAGUACAGCCCAGCAGCUGCUAAUACUGCAAAUUCAUUGAUUUAUUCUAUUUCAGCGAUAGCAUCACCGCUAUUCGGUUUUUUAGUUGAUAAAACCGGAAAGAAUGUGCUUUGGGUGUUUAUCAGCAUUGUGGGAACAAUUAUAGCACAUGGCUUAUUAGCAUUCACAUAUGUUGAUCCUUACACUUGUAUGAUAGCAAUGGGAUUAUCUUAUUCUAUGUUAGCUAGCAGUCUCUGGCCGCUUAUCGCACUUGUUAUUCCAGAAUAUCAACUGGGGACUGCUUAUGGACUUGCUCAAGCUGUUCAAAACUUGGGAUUAGCUGUUGUCAAUAGCCUGUCUGGUACAAUUGUCGAUGAAAGUGGAUAUUUCAUGCUAGAAAUGUUCUUCCUCGGUUGGUUAGGCAUUUCACUAAUAACCAGCACGUUGAUAUGGGUGAUAGACUUUUCAAAAACUGGCGGUUAUUUGAACAUGACACCAAAACAACGCGAAAUUUAUGAAGAAAGUCAACCUUCUAUUAAUACCACGGAAAGAGAAAAAUUAUUAUCCGCUGGAUCAACAUCAGAUUUAUCUGGUGAUGAUUUAUUACAGCCACAGUCUGAUAUUAAUAUUAGGAAUCGUUAUUUAUCUCGCAUUGGCCCAAUAUUGCCAACACAAGCAAAAGCAACGACAUAUCGUGCACUACGAUGA